AACAAAUAUAUUAUUUGAAAAAUGACGUGUUGACUGUUGUGCAAAUCAAAAGCAACGGUCGAAACUAUUUGAAAUAUUUUGAUAGUAGAUAUAUUCAUAAACAAAAUAUAUAUUUUAAUAAUUGUGUAAUGCAAUAAAUAACAACUGUAAACAUGCAACCUGACGAUUUUAUAGUGAAUAUAAAAGCAAAUGGAUCAAAAACUGACGUUUAUGAUCUUGACCAAAUCUACAUUGAUUAUAAGAAAAUUUCAAACAACUUGCGGGCCAAAGACUGUGGACUUUUUUCUUUGAAUGUAUUGUGUAUACUGUGCAGAAAUAUAGAUAAAAUACCUUCAUGGCGCGACAACGUAGAUGUAAAAGAAUUAUUAACGUUGAGUAUAGAUUGUCUAAGAGAGACAAGGGUACUUGACGGGCCAGAGCGAGUGAAGUCACUGGCUUGCAUCUAUCAUAUCCAUAAAUAUGCUGUCAAACAGAGUAAGCCAUCACCUCCAGAAUUAAUAAUUAAACUUGUCUACAUGGCAUUUGAACCUGAUGUAGGAAAUUUAUUGAAUGAACAUUUCAAAACAUACUGGCACAUAGUUGCAGAUCACAUUUUAUAUUUAGAGAAACUAAAAGCCAAAGCAUCUCUUACCAAAUUGUUACCAAAAUUGACUGAAAUUGUACUCAAAACUGUAAAAGUAUACGACACGGUUCAAUUCUGUAUGAAUAUAUUAUUGUUUCUUGUAAAGAAAAUGUAUUUUUUGUUCAAUGAAAAGGCUGCCAGUGAACUUGAUAAAUUGUAUGGUGAAAUUUUUACCAAUAUGUUAGAAAAAAAUGAUUUAAAAGGAUUCAGGAGGUUGAAGGAAAAGGACUUGUUAGAUUUGUAUACAAAAUUCAUCGACUGCUUGUAUGUGAUAGCUGAAAACUCCUCAAGAAUUGGCUUUGAAGGAUUGGCUAUGGAAACAGCAGUCCGUACAUGCACAAACUUCAUUGGUCACAAUAGGAAUUUGCAAAGUAUCCUAUACACUUACCAUUCCAAUAUAUGCAGCAUAUUAAAACCUAUGCCGAAUAUGGCUCACGUAGAGACCGUCUUCAACAAUCUUUUGAUUAACCUUGAAGAAACAAAUAACAUGGAUGAGAAAAUCAUGCUGUUAACCUACCCGAAUAUAAAUCAGUUCCUGAAACUAUUUAUAGAGAGAUUCAUCAAAAUAAUAGACCUUUCGGUGCAUGAUAUAUGUCUUAAGUUGAUCUGCUAUUUGACAAAACAAUUAGAGAGUUCUGAACAAGUGUUGAAAUGUGAAGGUUGUAAGGCAAAAACUGGCCUACAUGAUGCAUUGCGCUUGAGUUUUCUAGCCAAGAAUUUAAUGACACAGGCCAUUGAAACCAAAUUUGACAUGUCACAGGUGCUGGCGACUCAUGUGGACUUAGUCCAUGAACAGUAUGACAUAUUACAAAAAUUAGGAGUGUUGUCAUGUAAUAACUAUGUCAAAUACUUCAGAAAACUUCAAACAGAUGUUCACAACACAGCAAUAUUACUAAACAAAGCUCAGUACUAUGAAUUUUCUAUAAAACUUUUUGAUUUGUACAUAAAAAAAGAGCUUACUCAUUUCAAAUCUGAAGAAGAACUUAAAAAUAUCAGCAGAGCCUUGUAUAAUAAGAGUAUCUGUGAAAUGGAUUAUAAGUUAUAUGAAAUUGCUUUGUUAGAUGCAUACUUGAGUCUUAUAUUCAGUAGAGAAGAAGCUCUGAAGAGCGAGAAAUACAUGAGUUUGGUUGUGGACAUAAAAGCCAAAGCAUUAAAGGCCGAACAUCCUGAAGAGUUCCAACUGAUCUCUGUUCUUGAUGCUUCAAAUAUUAGUAAAGAUAAAUGUUUGUAUGGAAACUUAAAGCCAUUUCUUCUGGAUGUCAAGUUUGGCUUACUCCUGAAGCAUGAAUAUGAUAUGUACUUGAAGCUGUGGCCGUCGGUGGUCGCGAUAGCUGGCGUGUGGAGGGCGCUGGCACGUCUUACUGGAGAGGAGCUGUCCAGCGCCGACAGUGAAGAAACAGCAGACGUAACAAGGACUCUGUACGAGGUGUUACUGGGCACUCCUAAUGCUGUGAGAAUAAUGCAUAGUGAACAUUACAGCAGGGUCAUCACACAACUAUUAGAAAGAUACAAGGAGGAACAGACAGGAGACGCGCGUGCGGUGCACGCAACUCUGUUGAUGCUGAAGACUGAGUGCGAGCUACACGAGGCCAGUGAAAAAUAUGGCUGGAAACAAGUGAUCGCGAAUUCCGAUCCGGACCAAAUAGCGGCGGUCCGCACCGUGCAGCAGGAGCACCGCGCCGCGCGCCACGCCGUCGAAGCUGUUCGGAUUUGGAGGCAACUAGCUCGCGACCUCUCGACGGUAUCUCCGUGGGUGGCGAGCGGUUCGCUGGCGGUCGCGCAGACGUGCGUGCAACAACUUGUGCAGCUGAACCGCGCGCCGCAUGCGCUGCAGCUCGCGCAUGCGUGCUGCCAGCUCGCACAAUACCUUAACGACAAAGAGGCGUACAUAACUAAUGCGUCAGUGAUCCUCCACCACGUGGAAGACAGCAGCGCGGUAGUGGAUGAGAUGCUGCAGCGCGCCGCCCGCUGGUGCCGCGAGUUGUCGCCCGACCCUGCCUCUGUUGAUGUCGCCGUCGUGUUCCUAUGUAGUGCUGCUAUGCACUACAGCGGUCGCGGCGCGGCGGGCGUGGCGGCGCGCGUGCUGCGACUCGCGCAGGCGCGCGUGCUCGCCGCUUGCACGCGCUACCCUGAAGGCAACUUUGACUUGUCGGUGGGCGCGGUACUGGAGGCACAGACGCGGCUGUGCGCAAGCGCAGAUUCCGCACCUACGCUGCUCAGCGCUGUCAGCAACAUGCAGCGGCACUAUCUCGCGGCUUCUCAUCAUUCGGGUGCGGGGGCGUGGUGUUCGCGGCGACGGCGGGCUCUGCGCGUGCGCAGUGCGGCGGUACGGAGCGGCGCAGAGGCAGCGCGGGCGGCGCGGUGGCUGGCGAUGUGCCGGCGCGCGCGCGGUGCCGCCGCGGCCGCGCUGCCCGCCGCGCCGGCGCUGCCGCACGCGCAGCUCUUCGCCACCAUCACCGACGCCCACCACCGCCAUCUCGCCAUGGUCCGGAUAGAGAACCAUCUCAAAUAUAUUCUCGGCAUUCAACCGUCCAGCGACACGCUCACAUACAAACCAGAAGAGCAAGAAAAACGAGUGGUUCCUAACGCCAGGCAAGAGGUGGAGGUAAUGCUGGAGAAAUGCGACUUUAGAGGCGCCAGUAGCCCUCGGGGAUGGUACACGUCCGUACCAAAUUUUGAGAUGCCAAGCUGGUUCAGCCACGAAAUCUCAUGUGUCUGUGCCGCGUGCCAGAUCCCAUUCUGCUAUAUUUUGGCCUGCGUCACCUUCGGUCUCGAAGCUGCCGUGUACUUCAGAGGAGGCGAGCGUCGUACCGCCGAAGAUUACUUCAACGGUGCACUGGCGAUGUGCAGCCGUUUUGAACAGAAACUCAAAGAAAGCAGUGAGUUUGAAGAUUACAUUGCAACAUAUGAUCAGAAAUUCCUUCGCAGACAAUUGAUGGAAGUUCACUUGGAGAUCAUGCUGGAAUUUGCCUUCAUGGAGCUGGCGGAGGGCAGAUACGAAGAGUGCGACGCCCAUGUGGUCAGGAUACACGAGGUCAUGCAGGCUGAUGUAGACCCAUAUUUGAAAAAUGAGAUUAUGAAUUUGCUAACAGCUUGCGCUAGGGUCAGGCACGUCACGACUACACCAACAGAACUGGAAAUUGAAAUGGAAAGCCUGAAGUUGACGGACGAGGAGCCCAAGACUCCAGUCAAUAAACCGGCAAAUCCUCCUCUGAUGACACGACUUAUGGUCAAGCAGGAGGAAAUUAUGAAGAGGCGGAAAGUCAUCAAACUGAACCUGGACGAGGGGACUGAUGAGGUUGAGCCGGAGCCGAAGCCUCAGUUCAAAAUCCCCGUACCUUUAAUAUCAAAACCGAUACUUGAAAAUGCCACGCCUCGAGCGAUUCUAGUAACGAGACCUACUCUGGAUUUGAACGAGGAUACUCCUGAGAAGUGGUUUUCACAAUCAUCUUCGUUGGAGACUCCAAAUAAAAAUGACGUCACCCCUCAAAAGUCGUCGUCCAGGUCGCGGGCGAAGGCUGGCGCUCUGCGGAGUCUGCGCCGCGCCACCAGCCCCGGCGCGCUGCCGCGGGACACGCGCCGCAGCAAACGCGUGCAGUGACGCCCGCACAGCGAUUGCAACUAGCAUUAUUUACAACAGCUGCACAGCGCCUGACACACGUACUCAGGAACGAUUUAGUGCAGGUUAUUUAGACUUUUAUUCAAUAAAGGAAUGCAUUUAAAAA